AUGCAAAGGGACGCGCAAACUAACACGCGCUCCCUCCUCUCAAACCUGGAGCAUUUACGCGACUCUCUCUCCGACCGCGUAGAGCAACUCAGCACGGCCGUCGAGCGCCUCCGCACACAGGCAACAGAGAUUGAGGCCGCAGUUACUGGCUCUUCUUCCUCCCGCCCAUCACACACCACCCGUCUUCCCCUUAGCGACCCAGUAAUCGAACUCACCACCGCCAUGAGUAGCCUAAGCGUCCAAGGCCGUGGACUCGCACCCACCAACCUUGCGCGAGUUGCCGCCGCCCCGAAACCAAUCGUUGUGCAUGGGCCCGAGCGCCACGACUCGGACGAAGAAGCCCAAGAACCACCCACUGAUCAGCCUACUUCAAUCCCCGAUGUCUUUUUGGGGGAAGGUGACGGGGAAGGUGAAGAGGUGACGCCACCCGAACGCUGGGACUGGCGGGUACACACGCCACGCCCGCAGGGCCUCACCACGCGCGGCGUACUCGUGCGUGUUCGCGAGGGAGCCAAUGCGGAGACGGCUCAAAGGCCUGCUGAUCGGGAGAGGGGAGAUCGGGACCGCGAUCGUGAUCGUGAGCGCGACGCUCGCGAGGCCGAGCGCCUCGACCGCGCCAUCGCGCGCUACCAGCGUCGGCACGACGAGUCCCAGCGCGAGUUCCACAAUGCCUGGGAAACCGAACGCACGCGUGCCGUUGGUGGCGGACGCGUACCUAACGAACAUAGCACGGCUCGCGCAGACGCACUCCGCCGCCACGUCGACAACGCCCACCGCCUCUGGCACCUGAUGCAUCAGCGGGCGCGCCUGGCCGUUCCUCCAACCGAACCCGAUGCGCCCCUCGAAAUGCGCCACCUCCUCGGCACCCCGAGCUUCCGGCGUGGUCCGCUUCGCCCGCGCCAACGUCCACCCCGUCCCGUACCGGUGUGGCCCAGUCGGCAGGACCGCGACGAAUUAUUCAACGAGUACUACCGCGACUUUACGUACGAUGGCGAGAGCGACGAGGAAGAGUUGGCGACGCAGCGAUCGCAGGUGCUUGAGCGGCUUGAACGCGUCCGCGCCUCAGCCCAGUCGCUCGCUUCUGGCGAAGACCGCUUGCGCGACCUGAGCGACCGCGUUGCCGAGCGCGCCCGUGGCGCGGCCCAGGUCACUGACCAGAGCCGCGAGCUGGAGGCACGCACCGACGAGAUGACGGCUGCCACGCGCCAGCUGCACGUCAGCGCCAACGAGUUGGCCGCAGCUGCCCGCCAGCUCGGUGUGGGCGGGCAACGCGAGCCCUUUAGUGACCUUACCCCUCGCGUUCGUGUCCCGUUUGCGCACAGGAUCCGGGACGACCGCGACCCUGUGGCUCCUUGGCGUGCGAGGUCCCCCCUCGUUCCCCGCACGCUCGAGAGGGUCGAGGAUGCUCACAGCGAGCGGCGUGCCAACAAUCUGGACAGUCUGGAGCCCAGACUCACCUCGAUUGAGAGUGAGCGCGCUGGCCUCCGUGCGACAAUGAUCAGUGAUUACCGCCUCUCUCACUUUGACAACCUCGAGGAAGCUGCGCGUCGCCGAUCUCUGCUCGACUAUUUCGAUCGCCGCCUGGACCAGAUCGCUGCCUCGACUGGCCGCCGCGCCGAAGAGGACCCUGGGGACGUUAACCGCCGCGCCCUCCUCACGACCAUGAACUCGACGUUGGCGCGCUUGAACGAGGCGGCGCGCCGUCCGUUGGGCCUGCGCAGCGAUAACGAGGACGUGCUCGAGCGCGUGGAGCGGGCGCGGGAGCGGGUUGCAGAGCUGUCGCGUAUCCAGCGUGACCUGGAGGCCGUAAGAUUGGGCAUGCGGCGCGGGAGCGACGCAACGGUCGUGCCUCCCGACUGGACGCCGGGCCAGCGCGGCGAACGGAACGAGCGGAGAGAGGAGAUGCGGAUCGGUCGGGAAGAGGAGACUAACGAGCACAGAGAAGAGAUGAGCGAGAGUGUGCUCCGCGUCAUCGCCGUUGUAGGGAGCGACCAGAGCGAGAGCGAGAGCGAAAGCGAAGUUGAGGUGGACGUGGCAACCCUCGCUGUCUUUAUAGACAGCUCGAGAGCCACCGGAGAUAUCCCAGAACCCGUCGCUAGCGAGCAGCGCGACCUCCCCGAGGCGACCGACGACGAGGAUAAGGAGACGGGUACCCUGUCCGCCGAUACGUGGCCUGAGGGACCGAGCCGCGCGCCUCCGCGGCCAUAUGUCUCCCUCCUCGAUCUGUAA